AUGGUGCCCAGAAGCUUAGUUGCUGUCUUCAUGUUUGAACUUCUAGGCUCCAACUCAGAAGGAAAAACAGAGUCUGGACUGUGGCUGUGCCAGCCGGCGCCCAGGUGUGGGAAUAAGAUCUAUAAUGCCUUGGAGCAGUGUUGUGAUAAAGGGACCAUCCUGCUCCUGAACCACACCCGCCUCUGUGGCCCCAACUGCACCUUCUGGCCCUGCUUCCAGCACUGCUGCCUCGAAUCCUGGGGCUCACAGAAACAGGUAGUCGUGAGGUUUAAGGUGCCAGGUAUGAAGUCCAACUGCAUGUCCUCCCCCAUCACCAGGAUCUGUGCCCAG